AUGGAUUUGAAACAACCCCAAGCUCCAUCUCCAUCUUGUGCAAAGAUUUUGAUGCUUCAUGCAAAAACUGAGCGGUCUCACAUAGGGCAUGCCCAGUCUGGACAUUUCUUUCGAUGCAAGACUCAUUUCCUUCAGGAAACUGUCGGGGAUAUUUUGUUAAAGUCCAUACCGAAAGAUCAGAACCGGGUUCCCUUUGAUGGGUUCGAGUUUCAUUAUCCAUCAGGGUUGUGGCCCGCCAACCCCGACGACUUCAACGUAGAAAGCAAUCAUAUGUGGGUUUGGGGCUAUGGUGAUCCAGAAAGGGAUCGUAUCCGAGGUCUUGAGACAACUAUUGAAUACCUUCUUCGUUUCAUGGACAUCCAUGGCCCGUUCAUCGGGAUUAUGGGGUUCUCUACAGGGGCCUGCAUUGGUGCCAUUAUAGCUUCAUUGCUUGAGAAGCGUGAGUCUGUUGGAAACUUGCGUUUUGAUACAAAUCAUCCUCCUUUGGGGUUUUUAGCAUCAUUUUGUGGUUUCCCAUUGGAGCACCCCGUCUACAAGUCCUUGUACAACCCAAAGAUUGAAACCCCAACCCUACACGUCAUGGCCUCCAUGGAUGUAGUGAUCGAAGAGCGUCAAUCCUUGCGCUUGAUGGAAUUUUGCAAGAACUCGUAUUCGCAUUACUUUUUUGGAACACACUACGUUCCUCGAUCGGAGGAUUUCCUUGACGUCUUGGCCAAUUUCUUUGAGCAUGCUUUCGAGAACGACGGAGUGGAGGAAGAUGAGUGGGAAGAUUUGGAGAACUGA